AGCUUGCGGGACUUUUAAACAGCGAUUCGGGACUGCGGGCUGUGGUAUAUGAACAUGUGGCUGCAUUUUGGAGGUAACAAUCUGCUUUUGCGCUGAGACGUCACCUACCAUGAGCUGCCAAGGGGACAAUGAGGAGUGCGUGCCUCCAGCGGCCAAGCAGCGGCGUAUAUUGGAGACCGACGCUAAAGGGAAAGAGAAUGGUGCCCGAGAUUUGCAGGUGAGCCAAGAGGCUGAGGCUGCUCAGACGCUGUUUGAGAUGACAAACUGGAGAGAGGCUGGAGACCAGCGCCAAAAUGGUGGGGCAAGCAGUGAUCGCCAAGCCUGCGUGAUGCAGAACCCUCCAGAAAAUGGUGGCGCCGAAGAGCGCAAUGCUAGGCUGCAGAGAUGCACCCCUGAGAGAGGGGACACUGGGGAAAGCCCACGAGGAACACCACAUGGUCCCAAGGGAGGAAGAACAGGGGGAAAGCUCCCCAAAUCAUCAAAGCUCAGAGAUGCAGAGGAUGCUGGGGACUCGAUAGACCAACAAGAGAGAGUACAGCAGGAUCAAGGGGGAGCAGAUUUGGAGGAAGAGCCUUCUGUGCUGUCUCCUCUUUCCUCCGACUCAGAUCAUCAUUCAUGCAGUGAGGGUGAUGAGUGCCUCAUUGUUUCUGUUAACACUCACCAGCACACCAGCACUGCGUCUUCCCUGCAAGCUCUGGAGUCCAUACAGAAGGAGCUGAGGGCAGUGAAUGAGCGAGCUGACAGAGCAUUUCUCCAACUCAAGAGACGAUAUGGGCAUUUGCGGAGGCCGCACAUCCAGAAACGUAACGACAUCAUUCGUAAAAUCCCUGGCUUUUGGGUCACGGCUUUUCUCAAUCAUCCCCAGCUUUCUGCUAUGAUUGAUGACCGGGAUGAGGACACCUUAAGUUACAUGAACAAUCUCCAGGUGGAGGAUUUCACACACACAAAGGCUAGCUGCAAGAUCAAGUUCUACUUCAAUCCCAACCCUUACUUUAAAAAUGAAGUGAUCAUCAAAGAAUUCCAGUAUGGCUCUUCCGGGCGCCUGGUUUCUCGUUCCACUCCAAUCCGCUGGUGGCGGGGACAGAAUCCUGCAUACCGAGGCAAAUCUAGUGGCUCUGCACCCAGCUUCUUCAGCUGGUUCUCCGACCAUAGCUUCCCUGCAGCAGACCGAAUAGCCGCGAUCAUCAAAGAAGAUUUGUGGCCAAACCCAUUGGAAUAUUACCUCAUUGGAGAAGGAGAGAGUGAUGACAAUGGAGUAGAAGAUAGUGGCUCUGACAAUGCGGAUGAUUGCGUGGUCAUUGUUGAUGAUGACGAUGAAGGGGAGGAUGGUGAAGAUGAAUAUGAAGAAAACGACGUGCAUGAAAUCUCUGAUAACACAGAGAAGCAAACUGAAGGGACAGAUGGUGAGGAAGAAGAAGAAGAAGAGGAUGAGGAGGAGGAUGAUGAUGAAGAGGUGGUGGAAGAGGAGUCUGUGCAUGAGGAAACAGUGGAUUCAACCAUAGAAGUCCCUGAGUCAGGAAAUAUUGUGUUGGAUCCUGAUGAUUCGGGGCAAUCCUCUGGAGCGGAAGAGGACUCUGAAGAGGAUGAAGAUGGGUAGCUGAGAUUAGCAAAUGCAGGGAAGCUGCUCUGCCCCAACUUCAUAGGAAGCAAGGUGCAAAUCAGGUGUGCAGGAAACACAGUGAGUGCUUCAGCCAGAUAGGAAUAUAGCAAGGCUUCUCCCCGGGCAUGGCGCACUCCUCAAUAUACCAACCUCUCAGUCAGCCCAUGUAAUACAAAGGCUUUCCUACAUCAUUGGGAGAGAGACAGCCUGCCAUUCUCUUCCAACCCACAUAGAAUUGCACUGGUGACUCUGGGCCCAUAACAGGGCAGCCUUUACAACUGGCUUCUUUCAGGUCGUGCUCUUAAUUUAAUCCUUUUUUUUUUAAUAUAUAUAUAUAUAAUAUAUAUAUAUAUAUAUAUAUAUAUAUAAUCUCCUGAAACAAAUGUUAUUGAGAAAUUUUAUUUUUUUCUGUAAGCAAUACGCAAGCAAGGUUUAAAUAGAAGUAUAUGCAUAUAUAAAUAUAUCCCAUGCAGUUUAUUAAUAUAUAUAUAAAUUUAUAUAUAUAUAUAUAUAUAUAUAUAUAUAUAUAUAUAUAUAUAUAUAUGGGCCAUUUUAAUUUUUACCCUUUUUUUUUGCCUGAGGGCCCUACACGGCAAUUCCAUACAGGUCCCUCAAGCAAAAAAAAUAAUAAUAAUAAUAAUUUUUUUAUUCUACGCCAGGGGCCAUUUUCUUAUUACAAAGUCCUAAAAGACUUGCUUUCUAGGAUUUUAUUGAUUUGUAUAUUAAAGCAGCCCAGUCUUGGUAUCAGUUCUGGUUAUCACUUGUGCAUUUUCUAUCUCCCCAUCUAUGCAGUUGGGCUGCAGGCUUAGACUCUAUUUGUUCUUAAAUCACUGUACGUAAAGGAAAUUUAUACCUUAUAUUUCAGGGGGGGGUAUUCUCCUUUAAGGAGUUGUUCACCUUUGAGUUAACUUUUAAUAUCAUGUAAAGAGUGCUAAUCUGAGACAAUUUCCAAUUGGUCUACAAUUUUUAUUAUGUUUUUUUUUUUUAUUCACUUUUUUUGCAACAGCUUGGCAUUUUAGCCGCUAUGUGGUUGCUAGGGUCUUGUUUAUCUUAGCAACCAGGAAAUGGUUAAAAUGAGAGACAGGUAUAUCAAAAGGAGAGAGGGCCUGAAAAGAAAUAAGAAAUAAAAAGUAACGGUAAAAUUGUAGCCUCAGAGAGCAAUCGUUCAGUGACCCCCAUUUAAAGGAGUCAGAAGAAGGCAGAUAAUUCAAAAACUAU